CAUCAAACCUGAACUAAACUGCGAAUAAGCAUAAUCGUAAAAAAUUGCAAUCGGCUCUUUAUCUUAUAUUAUUCGCAUGUAUAUCAAAAUGCUCUCUUUACUCUUCAGUCUCCUUGUAACGCUGUAUUCUACAAAGUCGCAGACUUUAUAUUCGAGUGCAAUGGAUAAUUGUCCCAGUGAAUUAUUCACGAUGGAGGCCAUUCAAUCAAACAUAGAAACACAAAUCAAAAAGAUAUUAAAAAGAGAAAUGUCCAGCAGCAAAGAUAUGUGCACAAAGUCGUGUCCAUUCAAUUGGACACCAUUUAGAUCUUCUUGCUACUAUAUCAGAGAACAGGAGAAGUCGUGGGACAAUGCAGCUAUGGAGUGUCAAUACUAUGGUGCAAAACUCGUCGAGAUAGAAACAAAGGACGAAAACGAUUUUCUGAAACAAAGACUCAGCAUUUAUGAUGAAUAUCUUCUGAAACAAAACUCCAGCGACUACAGUAAAUAUAAGAAAUUUUGGAUCGGUGGAACAGAUAAAAUUAUAGAAGGAAAGUUUGUCUGGGCCUCUACCGGGAGUUCAUUGACGUUCAAGGACUGGGACAGGUUGGAACCUAAUGAUCAAGAAGGCAUUGAAGACUGCAUGGAAAUCUCAAGAUUUCCAAGAAGAAUCAGGUUAUGGAAUGACGCUAACUGCGCUUUGAAGUUUUACUUUAUAUGUGAAAAAUCUUGUUAAACUCCGAAUAUUAAGAAAACUGUCAUUUUCAUGUAGCGUCAAAAAUUACAUAAUAUUUGAACAAUUGAACUUUUCAACUAAGUUCUACGCUAUUUUAUUUUUUAUGUAUAUAUAUUUCAUUUUUAUUUCUAAA